UUUCCGUGAAUUAGUCCGAAGACAGAAGCGGAGCCGGUCGUUAGCAGCAUGUUGGUCAUGCUAGUUAUAGCACAUUAACCGACUAUUUAACGAGUUAACCCCUUCGCGUGAUGACAGAGGGGUGACUUCUCGCGGUGUCUGGAGAGCAGCAAGCGCGCCAUGACCGUCCGCUUCAAGAGUCAGACUGAGUAUCAGAAGAGCUUUGGUGUUUCCCGCUCCAGGAGUGCGUCACCUCAGCGCUGCAUGCCAUUGGCCGGUCUUCGCUCAGACCAGAUGGGUGUCAGCAGGGAGCCGGGUCUUCAGCGCCUGAGGAGGCCUCUGGGCCCAGCUCAGUCCUCCACCUCUCUGCUCCAUCCUCCAGGUGAUGAGCAGCAGCACUCACUGGCUCACAGAGCAGCGCCCUCUGCUGGUUUUAGGAGCCACUCAGCCCACAGGAGGAUGCCCUCCCCAGAGCCCAAUCCACCAACACCCCCCAGAGGAAAUCCCGGAUCCCCCACAGAGCCGGAAACUCCAGCCGGACCACGACCUGCUGAGGAACCGGCAGCUGAUGGAAAACCUGUGAAGCCCCGUCCCCUGCAUCCUGACAGCCAACCACAGCCCAGCCAGUCUGUGACAGCAGCAGCUAACGGGCAGCUGGCGCCAUCAGGGGCUGAGAUCGAUUAUGCGCUGAGACAAAAGGCGGGGCUGAGAUCAGGAGGUCAAAGGUCAGGAGGGAAGCACUCAGAGUAUCACAGACAGUUUGGAUGGAAGAAGCCAACAGCCGCCGCUGCUUCGCCCAUACUGACUGCAGAGCAGGUGCUGCACUCCAGCAGCAGGUCUGUCCCGCCCUUCAAGAUAAACCCUGUCUCCAUGGAAACAGAGUAUCAGCGCAGCUUCCAGGGUCUGGCGCCACCUGCUGGCCCCCGGCUUCGGAAGCACCUGGAGCAUCAGAGAGUCCCGCUCUUCCAAACAUACAAGACCACCAGGAGGAGGAAGGAGGAGUCACAGAAGAAGCCCCGCCUCCAGCGGGAUGCUCUUCAGAGAGACAUGCCCCCUCCUCCGCGCCAAGUGCGGAGAGGAUACAGGAUGUUGACAGAGUAUGAGUCCAGCUUUCGUUCUCCCCUCUGCAGGAUCCCAGAGGGAGGCGGAGCCAUGGACAGCACUGCCCAACAGGUGAAGGAGUUGAGGCAGAAGGCGUUGUUGUAUCGUCAUCGCGCCUGGGGGACCAACUUUUCCAGAGACCAUCUGAGCCAGCUGGUAUCCGAACACAAUGCUCUGUGGGAGCUGACGGACACCACAGUCUCAGCUAAUGACCCUGCCUCCCCUCGCCUUCCCCCCAACCCCUCACCUGACCGCGACAGCCACAGCACUUCUGGUGUGGAGCCCCUGGACCUGGCCAGUCACUCCAGUAAGAGAUCCUCCAUCGCAGGCUCAGAAACACAGCAGAUGAGCAAGGACACACGAAUAAAAAAACAAGCCAUACCGGGACCUCCUGCUGAACGCCGUACAGCCUGGGGGGAAGAAGAAAAAGAAGAUGAAGAAGAAGAGGAAAAACGGGAAGAAGAAGAAACUACAGAUGAAGAGGAGGGAAGGCUGCCAACUCCCGAGAUAAAACUGAAGCCGGUUCAGAGGACUCAUCACGACCUGACCACCCCUGCUGCUGGAGGCGCUAUAUUGGUUGGGAAACUGAGGAACACUGAUGGCUCUUCUCCACUCAAACAUCAGAGAUGUGGGUCGGCUGUUUCCAUGGCAGCAGGGUCAGAAACACCAGCCAAACGUAAGGAAGCAUGGUCAGACAAUAUCGCUGUCUCCUAUAGCCCAGCCCAUGACCACAAAUCAGCCUCCAGCCCUUCGUUUAAACCGACCAGGAUGAAGCAAACACUUUCACCUGCUGCAGCGCCACCGCCUCUUGUCCCGGCCCCGCUGCAUGGUCUCCAGGGCACCUUGAGACACCCGGACUUUCAGCACAACGGUGAGCUGGGGUUGAGGUUCAGGGAGCGGCCGUGUCCGGGCGGAGGCUGUUGCUCAGACGAAGAUGACAGGCUCUCUGUGAUGUCAUGGCGCUCUGCAGCCUCCUGCUCCACGGCGUCUGCUGUUCUGGAGCGCGCUCAGAAGAGACGGGAGGACUUCUGGGGGAAGAGAUGACUCGGCGUGUUUUUUAAUGUAGUCAGGCUAAGGGUUUUAUAGAUUAAUUUAAAUAGAGAGAGAAUCGUGUGUUUUACUGAUUUUACUGUAAUCCUUUGACCUUUGAGAGAAAUACAGAUGAAAAUGAUAAUA